UUAGACUGCUGAGCAGUUGCUUGGCUGAGCUACCUGCUCUUAGCCCACGUUUCCCAGCUGGUUAAGUUCUGUAAACUGAAUGGUAUCGAGCCGAGAGAGCCAGCAAGGCUGUCACCCAUAGCAUAAUAAAGCACUGUUCCGCAUGCGUGCGUCACAGGACUGUUUGCAUAAGGCUUAGUCAAGGCUUUGGGAGCCGCCCGCCUUGCACCUUGUGCUAUAUUAGUGCUUCUCAGACAGGAAGAAUUUUCUUUUGCUGGUGCUGCCGUACGUAGCUUGUCCGGUUACCUUCAGAAAGAUUGGAUAACCACGAAAUGACUAAUCAGGAGUCUGCUGUCCAUUUGAAAAUGAUGCCAGAAUUUCAGAAAAGCUCAGUUCGUAUCAAGAACCCUACCAGAGUAGAAGAAAUUAUCUGUGGUCUCAUUAAAGGAGGCGCUGCCAAACUUCAGAUAAUAACAGACUUUGACAUGACUCUAAGUAGGUUUUCCUACAAUGGGAAAAGAUGCCCAACAUGUCAUAAUAUAAUUGACAACUGUAAGCUUGUUACAGAUGAAUGUCGGAGAAAGUUACUGCAGUUAAAGGAGCGGUAUUACGCUAUUGAGGUUGAUCCAGUUCUCACAGUGGAAGAGAAGUUCCCUUACAUGGUAGAGUGGUAUACCAAAUCACACAGCUUGCUUGUUGAACAAGGCAUACCAAAAGCCAAACUUAAAGAGAUUGUGGCCGACUCUGAUGUCAUGCUCAAGGAAGGAUAUGAGAAUUUCUUUGGGAAACUUCAACAGCACGGUAUCCCUGUGUUCAUAUUUUCGGCUGGUAUCGGUGACGUACUUGAAGAAGUUAUCCGGCAGGCUGGAGUUUAUCACUCAAACGUCAAAGUAGUGUCUAACUUCAUGGAUUUUGAUGAAAAUGGAGUGCUGAAAGGAUUCAAAGGAGAGCUAAUUCACGUAUUCAACAAACAUGAUGGUGCCCUGAAGAAUACAGACUACUUCAGCCAGCUGAAGGACAACAGCAACAUCAUUCUGCUCGGGGACUCCCAAGGAGACUUAAGGAUGGCCGAUGGCGUAGCCAAUGUUGAACACAUUCUGAAAAUUGGUUAUCUGAAUGACAGAGUAGACGAGCUUUUAGAAAAAUACAUGGACUCUUACGAUAUUGUUUUAGUAAAAGAAGAAUCAUUGGAGGUUGUCAACUCUAUUUUACAGAAGACAUUAUAAACAAGCCAUUGUGAGAAGACUUCUCCCAGGGGUACACCUGAAUCAGGCACUGUCCAUCUUGGGGAAAGACUCUUAUUUAUAAAACAGUCUUGCUCCUGGAAUUUUCCCCUUUCCCCAACAGAGGAUCUUCAGACAUGUGGAACCUGUGACCCUGCAGCCCCUCUUCCUGCCCUCGUCACUAUACUGACCAGAUUUCUUAAGUCAUUAAAAAUGAUCUUAAGGCCAGAAUUAUAAAAAUAGCUCCCUUUUCCAAAGUGAGUUUUGUAGUUCGGUAUUCUGCAGUUUCUGGGCAUUCUCCCAGGUGGGUGUCUGAGGGUGAAGAAGACAUUCUCUACAUGGAUAACGUCCCUGAUUUUAACCACUGCUAGCUUUGUAAUUGGGGUAGAGUGUGGCGACAUCAUCUUCUGAAAUUGUGUUUUAUUUCAUUAUUUUGUCUGGAAAAAAUAUUUGCUAGGAAGCUGUAUCUGAAAAACUGUUGGUGUCCACAUCACUAACAUUGCAAAUACUCUAUGUGAAGCACUGAGAAUAAACCUGAAAUGGAAAGCUUUUCUAAAA